UCUUUAUUUUACAGGAUAGGUAGCCGCAGCAGUCCUAGGUUUGGCAAUGGCGACGGGAGGCUCGCCACCAUUUGAGGAGACAUCACGGACCAUGGAUGUAUGUACACCUCUACACUAUGCCGUCAGGUCGGGAGACCUGGAUAAAGUGAAGGAGUUGGUCAGAUCUGGGGCGGACAUCGGAGCAAAAGACAGUGACGGACGCACACCUCUUAUGUAUGCCGUGAGAUAUGACAAAGAAAAUGCUGCGGCAUUCCUCGCCAAGAAGAUGACUGUCCAGGAGUUGAGUGUGGUGGACGAGGUCGGGUCCAAUGUGUUACACUGGAUGGCUUUCUGUCGUUGUCCGUGGACACAGUUGAUACUUGACACAGCUGAUAAAUGUCCUCGUCUGCUACAACAGGAUGAUAGUUCAGGGGACCGACCAAUAGAUAUUGCAAGACGUAAAUCACCACGAAGUCAUGGUGUUUACGCCAUUUUCGCACAAAUAGAGCAGAGACAGCAACAGAUACAGCAGCAGCAGCAGCAGAGACAUCAGCAGAUACAACAGCAGAGACAGCAGCAGAGACAGCAGCAGAAUGAUCAGCAGAUACAACAGCAGAGACAGCAGCAGCAGCAAUAUACCUCUGGAAUAGCUGACAAUGUGGAAAACCCUUGUAAUACCAUCAUUACUGUCGUUGGUCACCAUGGAGUUGGCAAGUCUUGUUUUGUACGACAACUCAAAAAGGAAUUUAUUUCAGAAGGUGGACCGGGUUCAACAGAUACCGCUGACUUCAAUGUCAACGUUAUAGCCUACAACCCAGAUACCGGGUUUAGACAGAAACUAGAUAACACUGGUGAAAUUGAGACGGGUCUUCAGCGACUAAGACGUCUCAUUGAUCGACACCAUGACGGGAAGAAUAGUUCUGUACAGACAUCUGUAAACCCAAGCACGGGAGCACUACCUGAAGCAACGGUGAAAGUGCAUGUUAGGAAGAAGACAGGUGCCAAACAGAAAAUGAGACAGUUCUUCUCGAAGUUACCGUUCAAAAGAAAAGAAAGAGAAAUACCACAACACUUUGAAUUAACGCAAGAACAAAAAAGUGUUAUAGAAAAGGUGAUGGUUACAGAAAAAGAGGAUAAGCAUGAUGGGAAGGUGAAGGACUAUGUCACAAUCUACGACUUUGGUGGGGAGAAGGUGUUCUAUAACACUCAUCACUGUUUUAUGUCAAGCAAUAUGGUCUUCGUCCUGGUGUUCGACGUGGCUAUGUGUCUUGAUCCAAGCCGAGCAAAAGAUGGAUAUGAGCGAAUCGAGUUCUGGCUGAGGAAUAUCGCUACCUAUGCCAUCGACAGAGCAGCACAUGGUAAAGGAACUCCGCCAGUCAUCAUUGUUGGAUCUUAUUUGGACCUUGUUUCUGAACAUAAAGAAGAACAGGAAAGGAUGUUUGCUUCGGUGCUAGAAAAGAUUUACGAGAAACCUGAACUCCGUGAAAUUAUGGCAACCCACGUCCAGGAAAUGUUCCCCAUAGCAGAUCUGAAUGAUUCCACUAAAAAUCAAGAUACCUACGAACGGGUAUGGACAAAGAUCCUAUCGAUUGCCCCUCUCCAGUCUCAGUGGAUGAAGCCAGUACCUGCAAGAUGGAUUGCCUUGGAAUACGAGCUGGUGAAACUGAAGAAUGAAGGCAUGAUUAUCUUGACAUAUGCUGAUCUGUUAGAAAUCAAUAGCAAAACAGCAGUCCCAUUAGCAGAAAAUGAAGUAAUGAAGUUUCUAAUGAAACUAAGGUUCUCUGGAUCGUUCCUCUGUUUUGACCUCCUUAGCAAGAGUCCAUUCAUUGUUCUUCAACCACAAUGGAUAAUUAAUGCAUUCAAAGCCAUCAUCACUGCUCCAAAAUUUACAUCUAACCUAUCGACCAAGCAAAUACUUAAAUGGACAGAGUAUGAGAAAUCCGGCGUAUUAUCACACGAGUUCAUCAGGCAACUUUGGGAACGUCCUGUGGAAUAUCGGUUCUUAGAUGAGGAAGAGAGACUCUACAGCAUCAUGGAAACCCUUGGACUACUUACUAAACCAAUAUCGGUAGAUGCCGAGGUGGAUUACUUCAUAGUACCAAGUAUCCUUCAAACUGCAGAUCCUGAGGUAAUUAGUCCAGUUCUUGCUGACCCCUACACAGUUACCACUGUCACUCUUUGUGUGAAGUUCGACAACCCAUUCAUCCCGCAGGCCGUGUGGGACAAGAUGAUUGCCUCCUGUAUUCACAGGUUUCAGCGACUGAAAGAGUUCGGAGAUGAUGGUUUGAUGUUCAUCCGACGCGGAUUUGUCUGCCUGUCUGUGGAUUAUCUGUGGAAUAUGAUCAUCAACUGCAGGGACAAUGCCAUGAAGGUUACUAUGUUCAAGACGGAUACAGAUCACUCCGUACGAACAGGAACUGGAAUUGACCUACUCAGUAUUCUACAAUUUCUUCUCCAGCGGAUUCUAAAGUUAAAUCACCAAAGUCAUCUAGAAUACCAAUUCUACCUCCACAACGACUUCCGGUUCACGGCAGCUGAACAGAUGGUUAACGUGAACGAUUUACGGCAGACAGCACCUCUUCGAUGCUACGGUUCAAAAGGCCACGAAUGGAUAGACAGAAAUGACCUCUACAUCUGGUUUAAGAACCCAGACGAGAAGAAGAAACGGUCCCGUAAGCGUUAUGUUGGUAAGUCAAUGCCCUUCAACAGCGAUAUUUUACAAAUUUGA